CCCCGAAAACUCCAUUACCGCCCUCUUUUACUCUAAUCAUCAACCGGGUUCUACCAUGGAGAAUCGAAGAAGAGCGCAGUCCGUAUUGGAAUUCCUGACGGCAAAAAACCCCUUGAUUACGCCUGUCGAUGGAAUGGGCGGACGAAACGGAUCGCGACUUGAUUAUUACUGCCCCAAGGCAGUCAAACAGUGGGAUGAGUUUGACUACACAUUAAUAGAGACCAUAUAUGGAGGCAAGCUUAUGGAAGAAGUGCAGAAAAAGCGGCGCAAUCUUCCACAUUACCCGCAUUUGGACGCUGAAGUUGAUCUAAGAAUAGGGAAAGGGGAACCUGCCACGCGUAGUCUGUUCAAUAAAUGGAACCACACAAUUGUGCUUGCCUCGCUCAGGGCCGUCCAGGAUGUCUUGCAUCCGUGUCUGUGGCGGGAGAAGACAGGGAAAACCCUAUCAAGCAGUCUGCGGGCAGAAAAGGCCAAGAAGGCUCAAAAGAGCAUUAGAGAGAGAUCCAAACGAUCUAGACAGCCAGAUGGAGGUUCUGUGUCACUGGGGGAAGUGUUACUAAAGAAGCCGCAAGAAAGAUUCCCAAAGGAGUACAAGCCAGCUGCUAACUGGAAUAGCAAGAAGUUGCGUGAAGGUAAAUUCACGCAUAAGGACACAGGAGAAUGGCUUCAAGAAAUCGAGCUUCUCGUUGACAAUAACAUUGCGCCAAUCCGUCAAGCCUAUACCUACUGCAUUGACUAUGGAUGCCGGUACGGUUGCAUACUUACGACAUCAGAGGCCUUCAUUUUCAGAAUCAGGCCUCGAGGAAACCAUAGAAUGUCUAUCGAUUAUGAUCCCUCAAGUUUGGAUCAGCUUCUCGAAAGGGUGAAGGAAGAUGGUUUAAUGGAAUUUGUUUCAAUUCCAUGGGCGAAUGGCUGUGACAAUUACCAUCAUGAUUAUAAAGAAUUGACUGUGAACCUAGCCCUCUGGUUCGCACACAUUCUUGCAGGUAACCACAACAAGCUAGACUGGAAGUACCGGAAGCUCAAUGAGGAGGAGCUCAUACACGCUCCACAGCAGCCAGAGGACCAAUCCGAACUGAACGAUAUAAAGGCAGAGAAGCGCAAACGAGUAGCGCCGCCCCGGGCUCGGACGGCUAGAAACAAGAGGAAGCACUAUGAAUACGCCGAAUCCCAAAAACAACAGCAGAACGAAGACGUAGCAAACUUCUCAUUUCACGGAGUGCCAAUACCGCAACCAACGGUGCCUGCCAAUCAUUAUGCAGCAGGGAUUCAGUAUGAUAGUGAAGAGGAUAGUGAAGAGGAUAGUGAAGAGGAAUCAUAUUCGCCGCCUAUAAAGCGAAGACUGAGAUCUGCUUCACAGCGUUCCGACAGCCGAUCUAUCAAGUAACGACAUCAAAAUUAUGCGCGUUUACAAGAAAUGAGCUCUUCGGGGGUGUAGUUCAGAUGGAGAGCCAUUUCCAACAACUUUCGAGACGGUCCGUAACGGACGCGAAUUUACCGAGGGUCAAUACCUGUCGCGAAACUAGUUCACGUAUGAC